AUGAAUGCAUUGAGCAUCUGCCCCCUGAAACCUGAGGCCUUGUGCCUGCCACCUGGGGCUGCAGAGUCCCCGGGCUGCCAGCGGCGCCACACACUCCCUGCCAGCGAGUUUCGCUGCCUGACCCCCGAUGAUGCCGUCAGCGUGUUUGAGAUUGAGCGGGAAGCCUUCAUCUCUGUCUCGGGCGCCUGUCCCCUGCGCCUGGAUGAGGUCCGGCACUUCCUCACCCUGUGUCCAGACCUGUCCCUGGGCUGGUUCCAGGAGGGCCGCCUCGUAGCCUUCAUCAUUGGCUCCCUUUGGGACCAGGAGAGACUCACGCAGGAGUCCCUGACGCUGCACCGCCCCGGGGGCCGCACGGCCCACCUGCACGUGCUGGCGGUGCAGCGCGCCUGCCGGCAGCAGGGCAAGGGCUCCGUCCUGCUGUGGAGGUACCUGCAGCACCUGGGCAGCCAGCCGGCCGUGCACCGGGCGGUGCUCAUGUGCGAGGACAAGCUGGUACCCUUCUACCAGAAGUUCGGCUUUGAGCGCGUGGGCCGGUGCGCCGUGGCCGUGGGCCCCCUCACCUUCACGGAGCUCCAGUGCUCGCUGCGGGGCCAUGCCUCCAAGCGCAGGAACAGCGGCUGCUGA